AUGAAGGCCAAUACAAUCGCCUUUCAUCGCAACGUCAAAUCCAAGACACCAGACGAACUAUCGAAUCCCAACGUCUUCUGGGUUGGUGUCCUCCACGAAGACAAGACUCCCGACAAUGCCGACUACGAGACAGAUGUCCUGUGGAUCAAAUGUCGCGGCCAUACCAAAUUCGAAGAUAUCAGAAAACAAUACCUGUUACGAGCUUCCCACAAUGAAACAAUCGUGUUCCGGCACAAUGGCAUUAUCGUGGCCUCGAUGAACACUAUUGCGGAACUGGACACAUUUGGCGACCGUGUCAUUGCUGUCGAAGCGAUCAAGAAUUCAGACCUGGGUUCUCGUACAACCCCAGCGCGACGGGAUCCCCUUGAGCCGCUUUCCGACCUGGCCACGGCGAACAGAGGAUCGGUGAAGUCGGAUAUGAGAAUUAAGCGUGAGCCUCAAGACUGGUCCUUCAAUAGCGAAAAUCGAAAGCCCUCGCCCAAACCGCCCAACUCCUGUGGUAUGAGCAAAUUGGAAUCGCCUGCACGACUCCUUGGACAGAAAGAGGCCACUCAAGAACAUAAUUCCCUGCCCGCAGACUCUCAGGAUUACCUCACAGAGUGUGCCAUGCGUGGUUUUAUUCAUGAGCGUCUCACAAAAGUACUCCCUAGCUGUGUAGAAGCGGGGUCAUCUAUCGAACACCAUCGGCGUGAGUUCGUUCAAGAGUGGAAUAUUCUGCCUCUAGACGCUCGCGAACGGUAUAAAAAACGAGCCCUCUUGUUUACUCGCGCGCACAGUGCACCCACUUCUCAAUUGCUGGCGGAACUGCGUGAGUUUACAAGUCACAACGCUGGGUUCUACCAGUAUUUUUUCUCGUACACAGACGAUUUCGAUGCAUAUGAGAAGUAUUUUGAUGCAGAUCUAGUGUUUGAAUUGAUGAAGCAAGACUGGGACAGACUGAAAAAAGGUGACCAAAACCUCUGGAUCGAACUAGGACGAGUGGUACGACACACGUCUCAGACCAUGCCGUAUUUGUCUACAACUGCUUCCUCCUCUGCGCUCACUCAAAAUACUUUGACAGCAAAUCCAUUGUCCCAAAUCACUCCAGUCAAAGCCAGUGCGACAACAGAUCGUCCUGAGCCCAAGGUUCUGCAGCAGCUCUCCCUACAGAACCUGUUUGCUGAUAGCAAUCCCGAGCUCCUCGAGGCUGCCGUUCAACAAGGAGUGAAGUUACUUGAAGAUUUGAAAGAGCCGCUCGGUCGCGUGGCGGUUGAAGAUGCUUCCCAGUGGCUCCAGGCUAUAGAGAAGGUCCAAAGCCAGGCUGCGCAACCCAAGACAAUUGUUGGUGUUGUCGGUAACACUGGGGCUGGAAAGUCAUCCAUCAUCAAUGCCAUGCUUGACGAGGAGAGAUUGGUGCCGACAAAUUGUAUGCGCGCAUGCACGGCGGUGGUUACCGAAAUUUCCUACAACACCAGCGAUGAUCCUUAUCGGGCCGAAAUCGAGUUCAUCACACGGGAAGACUGGGAGAAGGAACUCCGGGUUCUUUUUCUCGAUCUGUUCGAUGGCAGUGGCAACGUCUCUCGCGAAGCAUCCAAUGAGGAAAGUGAGGCGGGUGUCGCAUACGCCAAGAUCAAGGCUGUAUACCCUAAAUUCACGAGAGAGAUGUUACAGAAUAGCUCAGUCGAGCAGUUGAUGAGGCAUCCCAAUGUCCAAAAUGUGCUGGGCAGCACGCGAGAAAUUGCUGAGUCCGAUUCCUUUCGCUUCUACAAGAAGCUCCAAUUCUUCGUCGAUAGCAAGGAGAAGACGACAGGCGAGAAGGAUAAAGACAAGAAGCCUGCCAAAGAUUUGGAAUUUUGGCCUCUAAUCAAGGUUGUCCGUCUUUACGUCAGAGCUGAGGCACUAUCGACCGGCGCUGUCAUUGUCGAUUUACCUGGGGUUCACGAUUCAAAUGCUGCCCGCUCUGCUGUCGCCGAGGGCUACAUGAAACAAUGUACGGGUCUAUGGAUCGUGGCGCCGAUUACUCGAGCAGUCGAUGACAAGGCCGCCAAAUCGCUGCUUGGUGACACUUUCAAGCGGCAGCUGAAGAUGGAUGGUGGAUUCAAUACCGUCACCUUCAUUUGUAGCAAGACCGACGACAUCAGCCUCAUCGAGUGUCAAGAGUCAUUAGGACUCGAGGAGGAGAUGGGCGCACACUGGGCUAAAUCCGAUGAACUUGCCAAGGAGAGGCGAGUACUCAAGCAGCGGCUGGAGGAAUUGAAAGAAUCCAAAGCCGUGUAUACAGCUUCCGCCGAUGAGGUGGACGAAGUCCUCGAGGUCUGGGAGGCCUUGAAGGAUGACAUUGAGGAUGGAAAGACUGUUUUUGCUCCCCGAGAGAAUUCAAGCUCUAAGAAACGAAAACGAAGCUCGAGCAAUGAGAAAUCUGGAAGGCGAAAGAAGGCUCGAACUCCAAACAGUGAUGCCGAUAGCGACUAUGUCGAUAGUGACCAAGACAGCACCGAUUCCAACAACGAGGCUGAUGAUGGGGAGGAUCAGCCUGAAAAGUCUCGUGUUCCCCUGACUAAAGAAGAAAUCACAGACAAGAUAUCGGAACUCAAGACGACGAAGAAGGAAAGCCGUCGCCAGAAACAAGAGCUCGAGACUCAGAUCAAGGAAAUUCGGAGAAAGAUUUCGGACAUUGACGAAGCUGACGCGAAGAUUGAAGCUGAGAUGAGGGCAAUAGCUAUCUCUGGCCGCAACGAAUAUUCUCGAGGUGCGAUUCAGCAGGAUUUCGCCGCCGGAGUCAAAGAGCUUGACCAGGAACUCGCUGAAGAAGAGGACGCUGCCAACUUCAAUCCAGAUGUCGAUGCCCGCGAUUAUGAUGAAGUCGCGAAAUCUCUUCCUGUGUUCUGUGUUUCGUCCCGGGGCUACCAGAAGCUGCGAGGACGUUUGCGAAAAGAAGCCGAUGUACCCGGGUUCCAGUCUGUUGAAGAGACCGAGGUUCCUCAACUUCAGGCUCACUGCAGGAAACUCACGGAAGUGAGCCGAGAAGCCAACUCGCGGAGAUUUCUGAACAGUCUCAGUCAACUUUUGAACUCUCUGCGCUUGUGGUCCUCUCCAGACGGAGAUGGCAGCCAUCUCACUGACGGCGAAAAGGCCAGGCAGAAUACCAUGGUGCGGAACAAAAUUCAGAAGCUCGAGAGUGUGUUGGAAAAGCACGUCCGAAGCGUCCAUCAGCAGAUACGAGAAGAGUUCGACGACAACGUAUUCGACGCCUGUGAGAACGCCCUCACCCCGGCCGCGGUUGAAGCAAACAAGACUGUGCUUCGAUGGGGGGCGCCAGUGGACCGUAGCGACCGCACCGCUGGAGGUUAUUACUGGUCCACGUACAAGGCUAUAUGCCGCCGUAAUGGACUCUAUUCAAACGCUCAAGGGCAGCACGACUGGAACGCCGAGCUGAUCGAACCUAUCAUUAAGGCCAUCGCCUCGGGCUGGGAGAAGACAUUCUCGCGGCGCAUCAACUCUCUUCUCCAGGGCGCUGCAUCUGAUGCUGGACGCUUACUGAAAUCUUUCCACGACGACAUUGAGCGGGAAGCCAGCCAGAACGGUCCAGUAGCAAGUCUCCAUUUGUUAUCUCAUCAGCUACGCAACUACCAGGCCCUUCUCAAAGAUGUUUGUAACGAGAAUCUGGCGACAACGGUGGCCCAGGCAAAGGAAAUCAACCGCAUGUUUCAGCCUGUGAUUGCUACUGCUCUCGAACCUGCGUACGAAACCUGUGUUGUGGAAUGCGGUACUGGAAGUUUCCUGCGAAUGAAAGCAGCCAUGGCGGCCCAUGUGGAACAGGCUCGCUGGACUAUGUUCCGUGAGAGUGCGGACACGGUCAAACGAGCAUUUGAAGAGAUGGUCAAGGCGGUUGAGGACAAGAUGCUAUCGAAAACCCAGGAAAUUCUGUCUUUUGUGAAACGAGAUUAUAUGUCAGCACUUGGGGGCAGCGUCUUGGUUUCGAGCACAGUCCUGCCUUCGGGUCAUCGUGUCGCGCGUGAUGAUGUCUUUCAGAAGAUCAACACGGGGGAAGUUGCCUUCAAGCGCUUGGCGGAUCCCCAUUUCGGAGAAGACGAUUCAAAACCCGAACAAGAUGAUGAGGGAAAGCCUGACGUUCCAGAUCAAUGCGCGUCCACAGAACCUUCAGAAGAGCCUACGGAAGACGCCAAUAUUGGCGCAACCGAACUUCCUGGCACUGCUGUCAUUAAUCUGCCUAUCGAAGAGGCGUCCCAGGAAAGCUUUGUCUCGCCACUAGAUGACGGAGAGCAAGUCGCUCUUGAUCUCCUCCAGAUGCUGAGCGAUGAAACUAUGGUCAUGAAGGACAUGCAGGCUGUCUCUUCCGCCCCAGAGGCAACAGCCAAAGAUACCAUCGCCAUCAACCGGUAG